AUGAACCAACAACUGAUUUUGAUAGGUGUAAAUCUGGCUCCGUCCCCUCAAAUUAGAGGGCAAGAAAGCAGUACAUCAAUUACAGAUUCUUCAAUUCAAAACAAGAGUAUUCUCAAUGAGUUCCACAAAGCAAUAGUUGAGAAUACCACUCCAGAAAUUGACAUGAGCUCAAUAAAUUGCAACGGACUUGAUGAUUUUACAGCUUAA